UUUUUUUCUUGUCCACAAAACACACAUACACCUUUGCAACUCAAACACCAUCUUCGAACCUUCCAAGACUCCAUUUUUCUUCAACGAUAAAUCAAUGAAAUACUUUUCCUUAUAGACCAAGAACUCAUAUUUCUACCAUUUCUCAAAUUGUAAUAAUUAGCAACAAAAUAAAAAAAAAAAUGGAUCAAAAUCAAGAAUUGGCAUUAGCCCAGAUGAGGGAAUCAGUUCAAAAGCUUGGUUCUUCCACUGAGGGUUAUGGGGAUGAAACCCUGAUGAGAUUCUUGAAAGCAAGAUCGAAAGAUCCAAUAAAGGGAGCAAAAAUGUUUGUUGAAUGGCGAAAAUGGAGGGAUGAAUUUGUGCCACAAAAUUGCAUUCUUGAUUGUGAAGUUGAAGAUGAACUAAGUGCUGAGAAAAUAUAUUUGCAGGGGCUAUCAAGAAAAGGUUUCCCAGUUAUGAUUGUCAAAGGCAACAAGCAUUUCCCUUCCAAGGAUCAACUUCAAUUCAAGAAAUUUGUGGUUCAUCUGCUCGACAAGACUAUUGCAAGUUCUUUUCAAGGCAAAGAAAUAGGAAACGAGAAAUUGAUAGGCAUUCUUGAUCUGCAACAACUGUCCUACAAAAACGUCGAUGCUCGUGGUUUAAUCACCGGUUUUCAGUUCUUGCAAUCGUAUUACCCCGAGCGGUUAGCCAAGUGUUACAUUGUACACAUGCCUGGAUUUUUCGUGCGCGUUUGGAGAUUAGUGUCGCGUUUCCUUGACAAAGCUACUAUUGAGAAGGUUGUGAUAGUGACGAAUGAAGAGGAACAAAAAGAACUCGUUAGAGAUAUCGGUGAAGAAGCCCUGCCAGAAAUUUACGGUGGGAAAGCCAAACUCGUGCCUAUUCAAGAUGUCGAGUUAAAGCCGUUGAAUGACUAAUUAUUUUUUUCCAUGAUUUAUUUCAUUUCAUCAUCAUUGCCUUAACUCAAUAAACUGAUAUUAAGCUACAUAUAUAUAUUUUUUCUAUAUAUAUAUAUAUAUAUAUAGAAAAAUAAGAGAGAAAGAUGAUGAAAUAAAUGAUGUGUAUAUACAACUCUUGAAGCUGUAUUAAGUCUGUAAUGUCACUGUAGGUGAAAUAUUAUUUGAUCUUGUCUUAGUAUUAUGGGAUUUGGGCAAUAAUUUUAGUAUUAAAUCACUAAAAUAAUGGUU